CAUCAGAAAAAUAGUAUGUUUUAGAUAGAGAGACUAAAUAAUAGAAUGGCAUUAAAUCUGGGGACGAAUUAGAAAAAAGCGUUGAUAUUUUAAUAAUAAGAUCAAAAUGAAGGGACAGGGGUACUACGUAGGGUCCAUCUGAAUUAGCGGGAUAUAACUUGAUGGAACUGAAAAGGGUGGAAUUGGAGAGGAUGAAUGUUAGAAUUGGGCAAGUUUUGAGUUCUAUCCGGUUGGGACCUACGAAGUCCGUAUCUUUUUUUUUUUUUUUGUUAAAAAGUUCCUUUUGGGGUUUUGUGUAGCUUUUUGGGUCAGAUCCUCUCCUGUGGAAUUCAUAGGCGAACCUCUUCCCUGGUCGAAUCUAUUUUUGACCACAUAUAUCUGCUUAUUCUAUCUUUGCUUUCUUUUAUCUUCUUUUGUUACAAUAUCUAUCUAUCUAUCCCCUUUGGCCUCAUAAUUCUCCUGUGUUGCUUUGGGUAAUGUCAUGUUUUCUUCCUGUUGGUACCUGAAAUUCAGUUUUGAGUUUGGUCCUUUUGGGGCGGGUUGAUUCUGGGUACUUGAAAAGUUGAGCUAAUUUCAUCUGGGUUGUUCACUUUUAGCUCAGGAUUUGAUUUUGUGAGGUGGAUUGCUUUUGGGUACUUUUUUUUUUUUUUUUUUUUGUCAAUAUUCUUUCAUGUGCACCAGUUCUUUGUUUACGGUUUUCAAUCACGAGGAGAUUUGCUUUUUUGAGGUGGGUUGAUCUUCACUAGCUCCACAAUUGAGCAUUCUGAGCAUUCUUCACCAAUUGGCUGCUCUUGCUAUCUGGGUCUUUUGGAAGGCAUUUCUUCCACGGCUGGUUUUUGGUUUUUCCCUAAGAGGAUGGACUUUGUUGUGAAUUUUUGGAAAGAAAUAAGUUCUUAUGAGUGAAUUCUUUUGGUCAAAAAAGAGAGGAGGAUGAGAGGGCCAAAAGAUGAGGAAAAAAUCAUGAGUCCUAUAUUUCCUAGGCUUCAUGUGAAUGAUACAGAGAAAGGAGGGCCCAAGGCACCUCCAAGGAACAAAAUGGCUCUGUAUGAACAACUCAGUAUCCCUUCUCAAAGGUUUAGUUCUGGAUCGUCAUCCAUGUUGCCUCUUCCACCAAACAAUGGAAACAAGUUGAUUCCUUCAAUGGCCUUAAGCCAGGGUGGUAGUUUUGAAAGAAGUACUUUCUGCAAUUCCCCUGCAUCUUCACUUUCCGAAGAGUCUUUUUCUCAUUCCUUUGGUGGAGUUAAGCUAAGCACUAAAAUGGCUAGCCCAGAAUGGAAAUCUAUGAAUUCCACAGAUGAUCGAAAUUUGAAAACCACACAGCCAUUAUCAUUUAUUGCUGAAAGCAAUUCGUUUCAAUCACACAAUUUUGCCAACUUCAAAAACGUCUCGUGCAAUAAAUUUGGUGAUGAAAAAGAUUUUGGAGUUCCUACCUCUUCCCAGUCAGGAGCUGUUUUGCUUUGUAGCAGUAAACACAAUAAAGAGCAAGAUAGUCAGCCUUGCUGGAAUUUGAGCUUCUCAAUGCAGUUCCAAAAUGGUUCUGAAAAGCGGAGGAAAGGAACUGGCACCGUAAAUCAAAAAGCAAGAGAGUCUAUGAGGAAGCAAGCUGAAGAGAACGCAAAAAUAUCUCAUGCUUUUCUGGAUCCUGUGGAGAGACCAGCUUCAGUCCCAUCAGUUCAAGAUAAAACGUCAGUAGAUGCAUCCUCGAGCCCAUCAGCUAAAGUUAAGAGAACUGAAUCAUUGAAGCGAGCACAUCCAUUGUCAAACCAGGAAAACAGUAGCAGUUCAGGGAAUGUUUUGAAAGGGUUACAUGGCACAAAUUCCUGGCUAAAUAAAAAUUUUAUAGAAAUGCAAGACAGAAAAAUAGUCCAUAAAGAUAAGGAUUUGGUGGAAUUUGCUUUGAGCAUGGGUAAGGAAAACGCUUCCAAAAUGAGACAUGAAUCAUGUUCUUGGUUUUCACUUGGAAAUUACAACAGAAGUCACAGUGACAUUGAGAAUGUCAUAAAAACUAACCAAGACAAAUAUGGGUCUUUGCAAGUGGGAAACGUUCAAAGACGAGAUGAUGUCUCAAAAACUUCCAUGAUGGACUCUGUAUCUGCUUUUGGUAUAACUUCUGACAAUGUUAUUAGAGUAAUAGGUGAGGGACAAUUUUGGGAGGCAAGAAGAGCUAUUGUCAAACAACAAAGAGAAUUCAAGAUACAAGUAUUUGAAUUACAUAGGCUGAUAAAGGUACAAAUGUUGAUUGCUGGAUCGCCUGAUUUAUUGCUUGAAGAUAAUAUUUAUUUGGCAAAAGCUUCAUUGGAGGUGUCUCCAGUCAAGAAGGUUGCUUCUGAGAAUGCUAGAGAACAACCACCUCUAAUUGAUAAACAAAAGGAUGUUUCUCAGAAGCCGUAUCCUAGUGCUGAAUUUGCUGAUGAAAAUGCUGUUGUGAAGCUUCCCCUUCCUCAUGUGAACAAUGAAACAAGUAAAGGACUUCUUACCCAACAAUCAAAUGACGGCUCUCAUUCAGAAGGUGUACUACUGUCUCCUAUUGCUGCCAAUACUAGACAAUCUCCAUGGUGUUUCCCACCCCAAGGAAAUCAGUGGUUAGUUCCAGUCAUGUCCCACUCUGAGGGUCUUGUUUACAAGCCCUACGCAGGGCCGUGCCCUCCAACUGCAGGAUUCAUAGCGCCAGUUUAUGGCAAAUGUGGCCCUAUGAAUUUACCUGCAGGGGGUGGGGACUUUCUGAAUGCAGCCUGUGGUGUUCAACAAGGGAUUGGAAUCCUUCCCAUGAUCCCUCCUUUGGGACAGACAUAUUUUCCACCGCAUGCCAUGCCGGUCAUGAGUCCUUCCAUCUCAGUCUCAGCAGUGGAGCUGGUGACACCAUUCAUUGCACCCCCGUCAAAGGAUAAUCAAUCUUCAGCUGGGGACAUUAAAUUUGCCUUCCCCCAUCAAAGUUCAUGUAAUAUGUUAAGUCAGAUGAGUCGUGUGAUCUUGUGUGGUGGGAAAUUUCAAGCAUCUAAGGAAAGUGAGGUACAGGAAAGUACGGCAAGUAGCCCCUUCAAGAGGCCAAAAGGAGAUGCACUUCCUUUUUUUCCUACAGAACCAACAACCCAGGUAUCAGAUCCAAAUGUUCAACUGAAUGAGCUGCGUACACACGUGAUUAAGGUUGUUCCUCACAACCCUAAAUCAGCAACUGAAUCAGCAGCUCGGAUUUUCCAGUCCAUACAAGAAGAAAGAAAACUGUAUGACUAGUUUUUUGGAAUUUUGUUUUCAGCGAGACAUACUGGUGGAAAUGAUAGUGAUCUUAGAAGCCUUAUGAAAUAUACUUUUGUAUAUGUAUUUCUGUUAUACAUAUUAAAAGCAUGUAAAUACAUUUUGUUUAAUGUCAAUUGGACCAUUCCCUUUUCAUGAA